CGGGAGGAUUGUCAAUCCAGACUGACUUCAGUUGCAGAGAGAAAAAAAAUUUGAAAAAAUAAAAUCGUACAACAACAGCAACCGACAACCAACGUCGCUUGCUUGUUGCUUUGCCUUGUUUUGUUUGGGGAGUUGGGUGUCGAGACACAACGGACCAGUGAGGUGGAAACGCACACAGUCGAAGGAGAGGAGGAAGAAGAGGAAGAGGCCUCCACACCACAGACAAGUGGACAAGAACGAGGCAACAGUAACACCGACCAUGUCUUGGGCGGAACCCAGCACGUCCUUUGUCCAAACCAUCCCCACAGCCGGGUUGGCAACCACACACCACAGCUACAUCUCACCUGUUGUGCGCGAUCCCGUGAAGAAGCGCUUGGUGGAUCCCGGUUCACGCAGCCCUGGAUAUGAGCCGAGUCAAGCCAGCCACACACCGCGCAGGCGCCGUGGCAGUCAACAGCACAUGACGCCCACCAAAGCCGAGGCGCGCCAGACGCCGCUGCGGAACGAGAGCAGGCGACCAGCGCCGGCACGAAACUACCCGCGGCCAUGGGCAGAGGACAUGUCAAAGUACAUUCGUCCAAAGGAACACAGGGACUCCCCGAGACGCCACCAGCACCAGGGCCACUGGCGCCCGCCAACCAGCAAGGCGGAGCUGGAGAAGAACUCGGAGCGACUGCGUCUCCACCCGCCCGUUCCCGACAUUCACUAUGAAGUGUCCACGCGCGCGUCAAGCCGAGCCAGCCGCACCCCUUCGCGCGCGCGCUCACAUGCGUCCAGCAUCACCAGCCACGGCCGUGGUGGCGGUGCUGGCCCACACACGCCGCGUACACCGUCACGCCACCGCGCGCCUCCGCCGUUUGUGACGGGCACACCAACGCGCUCCACGCCACACCGCCAUCCUCACACACCGCAGCAGCCGCCACGAACCUCCACCCGCACACCAACGGCAUCGCACCGCUCCCGCCAACAACACCAGCAGCAGCAACAGGUUUCAUCGAAUGCAGGCGCGCCCGCCGCCCACCAGGAGCCGGCAGCACCAAAGGCGCACAAGCCAAGCGUGUUUGAGCGGUUAAGCACGCCACGCUUCUUCCCAAAGAGCUACCGGGUUCGUCGUCGCUCGCAGGGUGAACAGGACCGCGCAUCCACUGCCCGCAGCAGCGUUGCUUCGUCAGCAGCUUCCUCCAGGCAGCCCAAACCAAGGCGAGCACACCAGGCAUGGCAAGCGCCAGCGCAACAACAACAACAACAACAGCAGCAGCAGCAGCGACAACAGCAGCAACAGCAACGACCCGCUGAGCCGCAGCCGUCCCGCCCAAGCGAACCGUCUACGCCCACAUCUGCACGCAAGAAACCAAGCGUGUUUGAACGCCUGACCAACCCCAGGUUCUUCCCUGUCAGCCACUACACCAAGUACCGGGAACGACUGCGUCGCCGCGAUCAAGUGAAGGCAAAAACAGAGUGGACGGACCCGCUGGCUGUUGCACCGGAUGACUUCCACGUCGGUCCAACCCACGGUAUCCCUGAGGCGCUGGAGCAGCCCGUCAACCACCAGCAACAACAACAACAACAACAACAACAGCAACAACAACAACAGCAACAACAGCAACAGCAGCAGCAGCAGAGGAAGAAAUCGCCGCGGCGGGGGCUGGCACGCUUCCGUCCCAGCUUCCGCAAGGCGCGACGCGAGCAGCCACCUGCACCGGCCACCAGUACAGCAUCAUCUGCGUUGGCACCAGCACCAGCACCUCAAGCACCUCCAGCAGCGGCGGCGGCGCGGAGACCUGGGCCUGCUGUCGUCAGCAAGACGGCCCGUCCUCCAACCACGGCCACCACGUCUUCCACUUUGCCUGCACCUGCUGCUGCGCCGACGGUUCGCGGCGGUCGGCGGCUGCCGUCGCACCCGUCGGGUUCAUCGUCCGGCUCAUCCAUGACUUCGGCAACACACGCAGCCAAGCAGCAGCAGCAGCAGCAGCAGCGGGAGCGGGAUGCGGAGCGGGCAGCGGCACGAUCGGCGCCGCCGCCAUCAACACAGGCGCGGCAACGCAACCUGCCUGUGCCUGGUGGCGAGAUUGAGCUUGAUGAGCCUGCCAUGGAGCCAGACAUGCUUGAUGCAAAGCACAUUCAAGUCGACCGCACAGCUGCACAGCAGGAGCGUGCUGCCAGUGCCAGCCCAACCCGAUCAUCCUCGUCCAGCAUCACCGAAGUCAACCGCUCCAGAUUCGAGGAGCGAAUGGCAAAGGAGCGUAGCUUGCGGGAGCGCCGAACACGACAGGACCGCACGGCUGCUGGCACUGGCGGGGCCGAGGAUGGCAGCGGCACGCGGCGGCGUGUUGCCGAGGAACAGGCGCGCGAGGAAGUGAGGCGUGCCCUUGGCGGCGACUUCAGCAAGCCCGCCGAGGGCAAGGGCAAGAAGGGUGCAGCUGCACACACGGCAACCACUCACGGCGCUGGUGGUGGUGCGCGCUCGCCGCAGACGGAGCGAAAGAAGCUUGCAGCUAAAGCCGUGCAGGAGGCUAGAGAACGCGCAGCCAAGAUUCGCAACCAGCAGGGGCAGCAGGGGCAGCAGGGGCAGGAGCAAGGACUUGGCGUGCCUGGAGAGAAGGAGGAGGAGGAGGAGGAGGAAACAGAAGCAGAAGAGGCGAUUGUGCUUGACGAGGAGGAGGAGGAUGAGUGGCGGCCGCUGCCUGGUGGUAUUGACACUGGCCGCGCCAACACCCUGCUCUCAAGCGUGGACGAUGAGCACGACGACGACCACGCCCCAGAUAGCGACGAUAAUGGGAGUGUUGGCGCUGACCAGCACACGGCGUACGGUGGUGGCUCGCGUGCGCAUGCCGGAACGCCCAGCUCUGCUGCCAAAUACCUCAUGAGCGGCAGUCGCGUGACGGAAGCGACGCAGCGUGUUUCGCAGCCUGACUUUGGCGGUGCAGACCAUGGUGGCGAUGACAGCACGCGCGAUGUUGUUGAUGCGACGCGGGAGCUGCAGGACGCGAUUCGGGCCGAGGGCGCACAGCAGGAGACGGCAGCCAUUGUUGCAGAUGCUCGUCGCGAGGCGCGGCGACGCAGCGGCGUGUUUGAUGACGGCAGCGACCACGAUGGCCACGCCAGUGACAGUGGCGGUGAUGCUAGGCAACGGAACCCCGCACCACAGAACACCGUUGCUGCGGCUGCAACAGGCGGCGUGGACGCGGACGCUGUGCAGGCGUCGGUUGAGGCGAAGAUGGCUGCGCUGGAGGCUGCGGCGGUGGCUGCGGCCCAGGCCACCAUGCAGCAGCGGGAGGAAGAAGCGCGACUUAAGGCUGAACAGGAGCGUCGGGAGCGGGAGCAGAGGGAGGAGGAGGAGCGAAUUGCCGCGGAGAAGGCUGCAGCCGAACGCGAGGCUGCACGGAAGCGCGCAGAGGAGAUGGAGAGGAAGGCGCGGGAGGAGGCCGAGCGCGUGCGGCGGGCGCUUGAGGAGGAACGGCGUAAGGAGGAGGACAGGCGGGCGGAGCAGCGGCGUCGGGAGGAAGAAGAGCGCCAGGCGCGGCUGAGGGCGCAGCAGGAGGAGGAGGCCAGGAGGAGGGAGGAGGAGGCCAGGCUGGCUGCCGAGCGGGAAGCACAGCGGCUGGCGGAGGAAGAGGCAGAGCAGCAGCGGCGAGCGAGAGAGGAGGAGGAACGCAAGCAGCGGGAAAUUGAGGAGGCCAAGGCGCGAGCGGACCAGCAGCGCCGCAAGAUGGAGCAGGACGCACGGGCCGAGGCAGCGAGGCAGACGGCGGCGGCGAUUGCAGAGGCGCGGCGCCUGUCUGGGGCGGACCAGGACGACUCAAAGCAGCAGCAGCAGCGUAGCACACGCGAGGAGGGGACGAAGGAACAGGAGUCCACGGAGAAGCGGAGUGUGGCGGAUGCACUUGCUGCUGCUCGCGAGAGGAGAGAGCGGCGCGCUGCUGCGACUGAAACCACAGCACCUGCCACCAUUGCAACUGCAGCACAGGAUGCGCCAGCAGCGGAGGCACAAGCAUCAGCAGAUGAUCAUGAUGAGGAGGUGGAUGCUGAGCGGGCACGUCGCAUGACGGUGCCCUCAACGCCGCCACCGCAGGUUCCAACCUCGUCUCCGCCCGCAAUUGCAGAAGAGACGGGCGCUGGUGAAGGUGAGGGCGACAACGACGGGGAUGAGAAUGAGGAUGACGCUUCCUUCCUGGACAAACCAGUGCAGCUCACGCCAGAACGUCCGAAGCGCACAUCCCAGCCCAUCCUGAGCCCCAGAUUACCGCGCGCGUCCAUUGGUCAAUCCACACACACGGAAUCCCUGUCCAAGGUUGACCGGCUGCUGGCUGAAGCGCGGAAGCGACGCGAGAGCAGGCAAUCGCAAGGAGCAGUGCAGGCCCAGGCCAAGCCAGUCGCACCGGCAGCACCAGCACCAUCAGCGUCGUCGUCAACGUCAGCAUCGUCAGCAUCGACAACGACCGCUCCGCCUGCGCAGGAGUCGCGCGGCGCCUCGGAGAAGAGGAUUGAAACGCUUCUUGCAGAUGCGCGCCGACAGCGUCGUGCCUCCAGGCAGCUGGGCAAUGGGGACACGACGACGCACACAGUCAGCCUCGUCAAGGGCCGGGAAGGACUGGGCAUGGUGAUUGAGGACGCGCCAAGGGAGGGCACGCAGUACAACAUCCGGGUAAAGAGUUUGCGGGAGAAUGGGGUGGCGCACCUGGCUGGGCUGCAUGUUGGGGACCGGUUUAUCCUCGUCAACGGCGAUAGCGCACGCGGGAAGCCAAAGCCAGAUAUGAUUUCGUUCUUUAAGCAGCUGCCGGAAGGCUCGACUGUGAAACUUGUUAUUCUUCGUGGGAUCGAGUGAGAAAGUUUGCUCGCCUCCUUCAUUACCAAACCAGUGCAGAGUGUGCGAGCGAGAGAGACACACACAAGAGAGACGAGAGAGAGAGAGAGACGAGAGAGACAAGCGUGUGCUGUGCCUGAAUCGACUUGAAAAGCGUUUGCUUCCCUCAACCAAUAAAACCGCGCAAAGCCA